AUAUACUUGGAGACACAGUUAAUAAUGAAAAAAUCAGACAAAAAGAUAUAAUACAUUUUGUUGAUACAACUACUUGUAUAUUACUAGAAAAAAUUCAAGAUAUAUCUGAUAUUAUUGAUGAUUUAUUAAAGGAAGAAAAUAUAGCAUCAAAACAAAAACUAGAAGUAUUGAAUAUAAAAGAUUUUGAUUUAUACACGUUUAAACCCAAUUUAGAAGAAUGCACAAAAAAAAUAAAAAACUUAAAAAUAGAGAAUAAUAUUUCCUUGGAUGAAAAAAAUGAAGCAACUGUUGAUUUGAAUGCAGAAAAAGAAACUGUAUUGAAGCUUAAGCAGAAUUUUAGCAAAAGAAAAUUAUCUCAAAAUGAAAUUAAAAAAAUAAAAGUUUAUGAAAAUGAGAUGUGUAUCAAUUAUGAUGAUGAUGAUACAAGUUUAAAUGGAUUUAAUGACUAUUAUGUAUGUACAUGUAGUGAAUCCAUUUCAAAAAAAAAUAAUCAUUCUUUAGACUUUUCAAGUUUAAAAAGAAAUUCUUCACCUUUAGGAGAUAAUGGUAACUCUAUCAUUAAAAAACGUAAAACAAUUCAAGAAAUCUCUCCUUAUCAAGAAAAUAUAAUAUCUAUUCAAAGAAGUGUAGAAGACAAUGGUGUAUUAAAUAUUAAUUUAAAUUUAACUUCAGAAUCGAAAAAAAAAAACUAUAAAUGCAUUAAAAGUAAUAAAGUAAAACCUGAAUUAAAUACUGGAUCAACUACUGUUAUUAAGAAAAUGUUUAAAAUACCUGAUGAUUUUAAGCACAAAUUAUUUCAGAGAUCAUUUAAAUCUGUGAAUAUUCCAAAAGAUGAUAGUUGGUCUAAAUCAAAUUCACCAGUUAAGCUUGGGUCUAUUUCUAAAAAUGUUGGAUUCUGAUGGAUUAAAAAAUAACGGAAAGGAAGUCACAUGCGGAUCAGAAAAACAAUAGUAUGGAAAAGCUACAGAUUACAAAACAACGCCAUCGCCAUUUGAAUGUUUUGAUCAAGGACAAGGUCAACCAAUUGGCGAAAAAAACUAUUAACUGACGAUGACACAAUCAAAUAGCAUUUAUAAGACUCCAGUUCAGUACACCAAUUACAGACUUAUCUAGUAAGGACAUAUGCAGAAAAGUUUUUGGGGGUAUUUUUGAAAAGUAGAACUUUUUUUUAAUAAACAUACAAAUUUUUUUAUG